AUAUCUUGCAUGACCAACUCAGUGACCCUCAUUUAAUUUCCAUCCCAUCCCGGUGGCCGGUGUCCAUCGACAUCCACGCUGCAUAGAUAGCAGCUGUCAGCUGACCGCGUGAGUUGCAAAGUGAUCGUUAUCCCAAGCUGCCGAUGGCACAUGUCCUGGGGGAGAAUGCACCACCGAAGCAGUGGAUGCACCGGCGUGAUCACAAGAAAAGCCAGGCCCCGUUGGGCACCCGGGGGGGGGAGAAGAGCUGUGGGGGCGUAAAGAAGCUGGGCAGGGAGAAGAAGUCACUGCGAAGGUACAGAAGCUGGAAGAAGGGGGUCCAGGAUGUCCUCACACACUCAUCUACACUCGUUGAGCUUCCUCAGACCAACCCACACUGCGAUCUGCAGUUUUCACGGGCAGCUGAGGAAGACUUUGAGGAGAUCCUGAGCAUCAGCAAGGAUAUCUACGGAGGCCUGGAUUACCUACCAUCGCGUUAUGGCGCCUGGCUGCAGGAUCCCCACCGCAUGGUCAUCCUGGCCAGGAAGCAGGGCAAAGUGAUUGCUCUGCAGUCGGUGUGCGUCAUCGACGAUGGCCAGACGGCACUGGUGGAAGGCCUGCGGGUGGCACCUCAGGAAAGGGGUAAAGGUGUGGCCAGGGUCCUGCUCAAGUUUUGCUCCCAGAUGGUGAAGUCCAGGUAUCCCAGCGUGAAGGUGAGCCGGCUGACACGCGAUGACCCGCUGGGGCCCAGGGACCUACAAAAGUACCAGCUAAUCGCCAAACAGGGAAUACUUUUGUUUGAGUUCCAGGCUGAGAAGCUGAGGCAGCGACUAGCUGAUCUGGGGUCAGAGCUGGGGACCGUGCAGAUGGACCGUCCAGUGAGACUUGAAUCUGAGGAACUGCAGCGGUUGCUCCUGAAUGAGGAUGUUGCCCGGGACAUCCUGCCUAAUGGCACCAUCGUGCAGGACUGGCAGCCCUUCAGGCUGUUGCCUGGAAACGUACAGAUGCUGCUGCAGCGGGAGGUGGACUGGAUGGCGGACGACAUGCUCAGGCCUACUGUUCUAAGCUUGUGCUCAGCUCCAUUCCUUGUGCCUCUCAGCCUCGGCUGCCACUGUCUCACCAUUGACAUCUUCGGUAGGGUGCUAGAACCGGUGCAGCAGCAGGUCCUGGCCCACCUGGAACACUCCACCCACAGCCUGACUGGCCGUGUUGUAUGCCAGAUGUUUCUGGCUCCACCCCUCUGGGAGCUGCUGGCCAACUUUUGCUGUGGCACGCUGGGGGCAGAGCUGGUGCAGGGCUACUCCGAACAGUAUGUAGUAGAGGCUGACUUGGUGUAGUCAUGGAUACUGCUUUUCUCACUGCCUCACCUGGAUAUCUCACAAAAACCCCUGUAAUAUACAUCCAACUGACAUCAGGCCAAACAGGGGACCUUCUAAAAUACUUCAUUUCCUAAAGUUUUUCAAAGUCAGUCUGAAGAUCCCGCUGAACCAAUUUGAAUCUUUUUACCUAUUGAAAACCUGUCACAAAAACAUGAAGCUUCAUAGGAGUACCAUUCCUAAGUAAAAGGGGAGCUGAUGAAUAAUGACGCUUUUGCACUGGCAUGCAGGAACCAGGCCAAACCAAACCUGUACUACGAGGAAACUCCAAUUACAGGCCAGUUGCAGUGCAGUUCCAGCUCACUUUGAUUUUCCACUGCAGAAGGAUGUCACCAGUUGAUGUAACCAGCUCAGUUUAGUCACACUUUCGGCCUGUUAGUAAGCAUGGGUAUGGCUCGAAUGAUUUUUAGUGGAAAACCAUCUCUUUGUUUGGCUUAGGUAGGACUUGGUUCUUGGUGGCAGUGGAAAAGCGGCAUUACAGUACUUGGAGGCGUGAUCCAUCAUGAGAUUGUACCAAACUUGUUUUCCCAACGAAAGUAGCCAUUUUGGAAUUCCUGACAAGCUGAGUCCUACAGCUAGCUUCGUAGUCGGUUGUCUUCUUGCUGCAACCAUGAUUCUAGUUGGUCAUUUUCUAUAUUUUUGUUUAAAAAUGCAGCACACAUAAUCUGGUCUCGGUAACACUUUACUGAAAGGCAUGUUUUUAGCAACUCAUAAAUACAUUCAUAACAAAUAAUAAUGCAUUCAUAAAGCAUUAUAAACCUUAUAAAUCUUUAUGAAAAGACAUAACACAUUAUAGCCAAGUUCAUUAUGCAUUAUGACUGCUUUAUGAAGCUCUU